CACACGCUCCACACACACCUCGCGGUCUCAGGCGAGGAGCACACGCCGGUGUCGAAGCGGAGCUGAGGCUGCACGGAGCCUCCACCACCACCACAGAGGGAGAAAACGCAGGAGAGAGCAGCGGUGGCAGAACAUGAUUCUGGGGUGUUUUUGGGAACGCAAGAGCGCAACGCAAGACUUUCACACCGCGUAAAAGCGCAGCUGCGGCACGCGGACUCAUUCUUCCCAGGCUGUGAGAUCUAUUACUUUAAGACUCCAGCUUGCUGCUACUACUAAAACCUCAAGUGGAGAACUCAGAUCUGUGUGCGCAAAAUACGCGGGGACGCAGAGGCAGGGGAUACGCGGAGUGGGAGACUCUCAUUUGGAACUUGACGCACAGUGGAGCCGUUCUCUACCCGGAGCGCAGAGAUCAACCCGGAGCCUCCCAGCUGUGGAACACGCAGUUUUGAUUGCAGGAGUUUGUUUGCGCUCUGUUUUUUGGAUGAGGUUUGGUUUCAUCCCUCCUCUGAAUGGAAAGACUCACCAAGCAAAGCGCUGCGCAACUGAAAAUCUGAAUUCCUCCAGUGACAUGUAGUUGUCACAUAGUUUUCUCCUCCUAUGUUUUAAUAAUCGCCGUGGGAUUAUUACUCAAAUUCUUUCAUUUUCACUGUCACCAGCUAUUUUUUUGGUCCUGGAAGGGUGUGGAUCUCUCUUCCCCUUUUCCCUUUUAUAUAUUUCUCAUUUUUGGAGAAUUUUUAUCACACGAGGUGGAAACAUUAGAAAUUUAAAGCUCCCCGCGAGUUUUCUGAAUCAUCCAAGAUGGAUUUUGUGCCAUCGUUGAUUGGAUUGGUAAUCGCAAUGUGUCAUCUGGCGUUUAGAGUCAGAGGAGAAGAGGCAUCAGAGUGCAACGGUGUGUUCGAUGCCAGCAAGGCGGGCUACAUCACCUCUCCCGGUUAUCCUCUGGAGUACCCGCCUCACCAGAACUGCCACUGGAUCAUCAAGGCACCGGAACCGUCGCAGCGCAUCGUCCUCAACUUCAACCCGCACUUUGAGAUCGAGAGGCUGGACUGCAAGUAA